AUGGGUGACUAUAAGGAUCCUGCUGUCGCUGCUGCCGCACCUCCUUCGGCAGAUGCACCAGCUUCCAAACAAGACCCCGAGACCACCAGCCCUCCAGGCGCAAUUCUGUACCGCCAACUUCGACAGAAGCCUUUGAACAUCGUGGGCGGCCGAGGCAGUUAUCUCCUGACCGAUGACGGACGAGAGAUCCUGGAUGCGACCUGUGGCGCGGCCGUGUCUUGUCUCGGCCACAGCGAUGAACGCGUCCAUGCCGCCAUCCUCGAGCAACUGCAGAAGAUCCCUUACUGUUACUCCUUGUAUUUCACUAAUAGUGCGGCGGAGCAGCUUGCUAGGUUCUUGGUUGACUCGACGGGCGGGAAGAUGAGCCGCGCAUCUAUUUUCUGCUCAGGAACUGAGGCCGUCGAAGCGGCCGCCAAAAUGGCCAUUCAAUACUUCACCGAGCUACCGGUACCUCAGCGGCAGCGCGUCAAAUUCAUCUCUCGAAAGCAGUCUUACCACGGAAACACGCUGGGAUCUUUGGCUAUCGGACACCAUGUCGCCCGUCGGGGGAUCUACGAGAGCUUUCUCUCCAAGAACGUCACCCAUGUCUCGCAGUGCUAUCCGUACCGUGACAUGAAGGCCGACGAAAGUGUCGAAGCCUACGUCGCUCGUUUAGCGCAGGAACUGGAUGACGAAUUCCACAGACUAGGCCCCGACACUGUCUGUGCCUUCGUGGCUGAGACGAUGGCAGGCGCUACUCUCGGAUGCGUCCCGCCAUUACCAGGAUACCUGAAGGCAAUGAAACAAGUCUGCGAUCGACACGGCGCCCUCUUCAUCCUCGACGAGGUCAUGUCUGGCAUGGGUCGCACCGGCACUCUACACGCCUGGGAACAGGAGGACGUGGUCCCUGAUCUUCAGACCAUCGCGAAGGGCCUCGGGGCCGGCUACGCCCCGGUCGCAGGGCUCCUGUUCAACAAACGUGUCGUUGACGUACUGACGCAGGGAACGGGCUCGUUUGCCCACAGCCAGACAUACCAGGGUCAUCCGGUCUCUUGCGCGGCCGCAUUCAAAGUUCAAACUAUCAUCCAGGAAGAUAAUCUGCUAGCGAAUGUGCGCGCGAUGGGCGAGUAUCUCGGCCAGCUCCUGAAUGAAAAGCUGGGAAGUCAUCCGCAUGUGGGUGAUAUUCGGGGUCGAGGGCUGUUCUGGGCUAUCGAAUUCGUGGAGGACAAAAGCACGAAGAAGCCAUUCCCGCCAUCUAGAGCAGUUGCGUGGAACGUCCAUGAGACUGGGUUGAAGCCUGAGCAUAGCAUCUCGUUCAUUCCUGGGAAUGGGGGAGUUGAUGGCAAGAAUGGAGAUCAUGUUGUUUUGGCGCCGCCGUAUAACACGACAAAGGAAGAGAUAGAGUUGAUUGUUGAAAGGACAGCGCGUGUUGUUAAGGAUGUGUUGGGCUGA